GUGCUGUAAAAUCCACGUGCGGAAGACUGUCAACAAAAGCCUAAAAACGCUUAGUUGUGUUUGAUAAUUAUUUAUUUACAAGGUUCUUGACAAACGACGUGUUAUAUCUUUUUCCAGAUAUUUUUGGAAGUAAUGUACAAUCCCGCCAUAUAUAGAUCAAGCUCAACUGAGCACGAAGUGUUCAAGUCCACCGAUUGCGUUCACCAUAUUUGCAUACUGCACAGGCUAAUCUGCUCAACUGAGCACGAAGUGUUCAAGUCCACCGAUUGCGUUCACCCUAUUUGCAGACUGCACAGGCUAAUCUGGUAGUGUUCAAGUCUACCGAUUGCAUGUGUUCACCCUAUUUGCAGACUGCACAGGCUAAUCUGGUAGUGUUCAAGUCCACCAAUUGCGUUCACCCUAUUUGCAGACUGCACAAGCUAAUCUGGUGACAACCAAGGCACUGCAUCAGGCUGUGCUCCUUUCACCCUUCUGGACAGUGUGGCUGUGCUUCAUUCACAGGACAGUGUCAUCUGCUGCCUGGUAAAACCGGUCAACUCCUUUGUUAACUCAUUUACAAGAUUUUUUAAUUUUUUGACUCUUUAAUUUCUUAGAAGAAUGACAGAAUUUCUUAUGAAAAUAAGCGCACAUGGUGUCAUAUUGUAUAUAUUUCUGAAGCUGUUGGUUGCAAGAGGGAGACAGCUUGCCGUAUAAUAAAAGGGCCGCCUGGCGAGAAAUUAAUGUAUUGGAUUUGGGAGACGCUCAGACAACAUCCAGAUUACACUUGUGUGAGUGAUUCUGUGAUGGGAGUUAGUGAUGAACAAUUUCUUUUCACAUUGCGAUGAUAAUGGAAAAUUGAAAAGCUGUGGAAAUUUAAACUGCAGACGACAGCUGAGUAGUUGCUACAGCGAUAUAUUGUCAACUUUAUGGUCUUUUGUCAAAAACAUUUCUCUUCCUAUAAAUGAAAAGUGAAAAAACAAAUAAAUAUUGGCCUUUAUUAACGUGGAUUCUAUUGGAGAAAUUUGUGAAGUUGAUCGAAUUUAAAGAGACUUGGGAAUUCAGAUCACAUCAAAUUCAGUGAGUUAACCAGUGGAUUAGAACACUGACUUGACAAAAGUGGAUUAGAACCGUGCUUAAAUAGACUAGCAGGAGCCUCUGUUACAUCCUCACUGUGGCAUGGGAAGUGAGAUUGGAGAUAACAGUCCGAGAUCCUUGUAUACAAACUUGUGGAAAAGUAUAUAACAAGUCAUUAGAGAAACUUAGUGACUGCUUGAAUAGUGUGCUAUCGUGUAGCUGAUAUAUUUAUAUAUCUGGAUUGUAUAUAACGGAAUGCUUAGUAGGGAUCUAUAACCAAGAUAUAUUUUUCUGGAAAAACAGAAAACUUAUUGAAAACUGGCUUACAUUUACUGAAGGAUUUAUUGCAUGAGAAUGAAUUUCAUCACUAAACAGCAAAUAGGAUAAUCCUGUAGUAGUGUAAACCAACUUUUGAGGAAGGACUCCAUAUCAGGUUGAUUGGAAGAAACGUUGCCAUGGUGAAUUGGCUGCUAGAAGAAAUGAUGUCAUUCCAGUUUAAAAUUCUACUUCUUACAUUCCUUCGAAAUGCGCAUGGUGUUCAAGAGAUAUACCGUGGCCCAGAGAACGUUCAAGUCACCCAGGGCUCAAACAUCGUGCUGCGUUGCGUGGUAAAGAACCGCGCAGGUGUCGUGCAAUGGACACAAGACGGGUUUGGACUUGGCACAGAUAGAAACCUACCGGGAUAUGACCGCUACUCCAUGAUUGGUGGAAGCAUUAACAAUGGCGACCCACUUGAGGACUACAGUUUGAAGAUAGAGAGGGUCAGUUUGGAUGAUGACGCCAACUACACAUGUCAGGUGACCGCCACCAACACAGAACCCCCGCUAGUCAGUGAGGUGGCCGCUCUUACAGUCCUCAUUCCCCCUAGUCCACCAUUACUCUCCAGUAAAGUGACGGUCCCUGUAAUCCUUGAGAAGCCCACAAACAUCACGUGCCAGGCCCUGAGCGGCAAACCCAUGGCCCAGAUCACUUGGAAGAAAGACGACGUCCGCAUCACCGAGAACCUGUUUGAGGUGACGACCUUGCAGCCAGACCGGAAACGGGUGGACACAACAGGGAUAGUGACGAUCACAGCGCAGUCGAGUGAUGCUGGCAAGAAGAUAGAGUGUGGAGCCUGGAACGAGGCGCUGAAGGAUCGGGAACCACUGUGGACCCAGGCCACUCUGGACGUGCAGUAUGCUCCCAAGAUCCGGAUGACUCACAGCAACCCUGACAAGACAAUGAGGGAAUUUGAUGAUGUAAAGUUUACUUGCGUAGGGGAGGCGAAUCCGUUUGACAUCGUAUGGAAGUGGUACCGGAAUGGAGCCUUGAUACCAGACGAGGGCCGUAAUGUGUACCUGAUACCUCAGAUACAGCGGGAGUACCAUGGCAACGUGAUCAAGUGCGAGGCAACCAACAUCGUCGGCAGCACGUCCGUGGAGCACUCCCUCAACAUCCUAUAUGGUCCAAGGUUCAAAGCGGAGGCCCAGCAUGUGUCUGUUGAUAUAGGAGAGAGGGCAGAGCUUGUCUGUCAGGCAGACGGCAACCCAUCGGCUGAAAUCACGUGGCGACGUCAGAACAAGUACGAUGUCCUUCACACAAGCUCCACCUUUGUGAUUCCCAGCGUGCGGGACGGAAUGUUCGGGGUCUACACCUGCACUGCCACGGUCCUGGGCUUCCACGAAAUCAGACGGGAUAUCUACAUCACUCAGAACGGUCCUCCAGAGAUCAUGAGUGAUGCGACCCAGUUUGCCACCCUAGGCGAGCGAGCGUUAAUCCAGUGCAUGAGCAUAUCGUCGCCGAAACCCAUCUUUGUCUGGUCCCGCUUUGGCGCGCCCAUCGACUACGCGACCUCGGGACGGUUCUCUGCUCCGGAAGAAGGCCUGCCCUACGGCGGGAAAAGCACGCUGCAGAUCAUGAAUGUACAAGAGGAAGAUCUUGGCGUGUAUAACUGCACCGUCUACAACACCAAGGGGACUGCAACACUCAUCAUACGACUGGCUAAAGCAGAGGAGCUUCAGCUGGGAGUGAUCAUUGGAGGGGCAGUGGGUGGGGUAGGGGUGAUCUUCAUCAUUGUGAUAGCCUGCGUCGUCUACCACAAGUGUAGGCACUCUGAUAACGAGUCCUAUGCAGAGACGGACAGCAACACAGAGUUCAAGAAGCGGGACAAGAAUGAGUCGCCGACAGAGAUGACCAAGUCUACUCUGAUGGACCAGUGGAGGCAGGACUACAACUAUAGAUACUCCGCAGAGUUUGAUGAUGCUGAUGGGAAGCCAAACAACUCUGGUCAUUAUGUGCGGUAUGACGACACGGAACGCUACGGUACCAUGCCAACAACUUUGACGACCAAUGGGAGCUCGUAUAUUGAGAGUGGGGAUGAUCUCGGGCCACUGAAUAGGUAUGAAAACAGCUACAGCACAGGUUACAUACCAUCAACAUUCAGGAGUCCUUCCCGAGCUGAGAUUGUAAGCGGGCGCACGUCUGCUAACGACAUUGUGAGUGGUAGAGUGUCCGCCAACGAUUUUGCUAAUCGAAUUGAGUUCAUGAGUGGACGUGCGUCAGCUACAGAUUUUACAGGAGGUCGAGUGUCUACAACGGAAUUCUCUGGGCGUCUUUCCGUGGAGCCUUUGGAACCAUUCAGGCUUCCUCCUGCUGACCAUUCAACAUCAAAACUAGCUACCAAUGUGUAACGUCAUGUCUGAUUGGUCAGUUUGAAAUGAACGUCUUGCAAAGUGUGAUAUGAUUGGAUGGAUUCUCCUUUGUUUGAUUGGCUGAUUUAAGUCCUGUAUUAAAUUAAGUGUGAUAGACAUUGUGACACUGAAUCAUUGCCAUUAGAAUCUGUGUGUUAUAGAAGGAGAACAAGACUUAUGUGUUAAUGUGUGUUAAUGAACAUUAUGUUGAGCCAAUGUGUCACUGUGAAUUGUUGUUGUGUGGAGUCAAUUUAAGUGAGAGAAUGCCAUAUAGAGCCAAUUUAUGUGAAUUGUUCUCAUCUAGAGUCAAUGUGUGAAAAUGAAUUAUAAGAAGCUAAUGUAUGUGAAUGGUUGUUGUGUAGAGCACAUGUUUAUUGAUGGUUGUCAUAUAGAGUUUUUGUCCAUACCAUAGUCAAACCUUCUGUUUUGACUUAUUGUGUAUCAUGUUCACUAUUUUCAGACUCCCAUAUGAUUGAGAGACUUUGAUUUUGCAGGAAUAAUCGUGAUGCUUGAAUUCAUGUGCGUUUGUCAUCAUAAACCCAUCACUUCAUUACAGAUGUACACAGCAGUUCAGUUUUCUCUUAUUAAUACUAUGGGAAAGCUAAGUAUGUUUUUGUAAUACUGUUAAGGCUUUAACUGCAUUUGGAGUAUAGGGACAGUGUUGUUUCUGAUAUAGACAUUAGGGACAGUGUUGUUUCUGAUAUAGACAUAAGGGACAGUGUUGUUUCUGAUAUAGACAUAUGCCUUGCUAUGGGAAAACCUGAUUGUUGCGUUAAGUGUCCUUCCAGAUUAGCCUGUGCAGUCCACAUAGGCUAAUAAGGGACGAAACUUUCCACUUGUUGUAUUUUUCAUUUAACGUCUUAGCUUAAACCCAGUUAAGGUGGAAAGUGUCAUCCCUGAUUAGCCUGUGCAGACUUCACAGGCUUAUCUGGAAUUACAUCAUUGCUCAUACAUUUAACCCCAUUUUCCCACAGCACAACACAAAUUGUUAACAGAUUCAACUGUUGCCCCAUUAUAUGCUGAAAAUCAUGGAGAGAUUUUACUGAGGGUUUUCCAACUAAAUGGAAAAGCUUGUUUCAUUCAUUUUACUUGUGUAUAUAUAGUCAGUUACAAACUGUCUUCAAAGUGCAUUCUAGUCUGUGCAGGCUUCUUGUUAUUAUGUAAUUUUUGUUGCUUGUCUCACACUGGUCAGGAAAUUCCAGUAAUGUUACAAUGUUUUUCUGCUUUUAAAGCCACUCAUUUUUGAAGUUCAUUUUUUACAUUUGGUAGUUUUUUGUCUGAUCUUAACUUUAAUGAAAUGUUAGUUAAAACAAAUAAUUAUAUUUAUUGUUUGUGUGUGUGUUGUUUUAGUGCUUUUUUUCAUUUGCUGAAGAUUCUUAAUAAAAUCUUCGCAACUAUAAAGUAUUUAAACUAUAAGCAAAUAUUACUUAUUAUAACUUUCUAUCUUCGUCAUGUGUUGAAAUGUUUGCCACGUGGCAUUUGAGAAUAAUUUAAUAUUCUAAAUUUAUUGAAAGAACUAUUCUGCAGAAAUCUUGUGCAACAUAAAUAUUUAGGGAAAUGUUUGGAAGUGUUCUGAUCAUGUAAAGUUUAAUAAUAGAUAUGUCUGAUGAGUCAGAUUACUAUCUUUAUACUACAUUUGGUCCACACUUUGGGAAAAUAAGCCUUAAUGCAUGUAAGUUAAGUUUAAUUCCAGAUUAGCCUGUGCAGUCUGCGCAGUGUGUGGCUUAUUCUGAUUAUAAAAUGUAACUUCUCAUGUAUUCAAAUAAUACGUAAUUUAAUGAUGUCCAUAAUACUUGCAUUAUUUAAGGGGAACAUUGUUUUUGUUUGUUACCAUUUAUUGUUUUUGACUAAAUUUGUUGUUAACUAUACUUUCUUUGUUUAUGAUUAAUUGAUAUGUUUUACUUUAAAAUAAUUUGAUAUUAAUGCAAUGUUUUAUAUGACGAAGCUUAAAACUAUUUAGUGUUCACUCUUGA